AUGAUAGUGAUUCUACUAUUCAUUUUCUUUUUCACAAAAUACUGUAAGUUCCCUAACAUAAGAAAGAUAAAAAAUCAAAAUCAAUCAAUAUUUUUUGCAGACAUUCAAGAGCACAUUCCAUUGUAUGUUGUGCUCCGUGAAAGUCCUCAAGUUCACUUGUAUUUUGUGAACUGUAAAAAUUAUACAGAUGAGGUAAAGGUUUUUACUGGAACUGGAGAGAAGAAACAAGAUUUUUUUUCCAGGUUCUGAAAUCUCACCAUGAAAAUCAAUACCACGAAAAUGCAUAUACUUGUUGGAAUGAAAAAACAUAUGGGCCAUUUUGCAAGAAACAGAUACCAUUAUUGAUUGAUCCUGUGAUUUUUUGGAUCGCUGACAAAGAUGAUGAAGUUCAAACAUCUACAAAGUUAUCUGAAAUUUUGACAAAAAAUCACGAUGGUGUAUUGGUCCCUCGAAUGACAUUGGAUGGUGUUGCAAAAUUCGGAAUGAAAUUUCGAAUUCACGAAGUUGUUUACUAUCAUUGUGACACGCUUGUUGAUUUGAAAGAUAUCAGACCAGAUUUGGCGGAGGAUUUUGAUGAUGGUUUUGAUCUUGAAUUUCAUUCUGUGUUGGCUGAUUAUGAUUUUGAGGAUGUGGAAAAUAUUGAAGAAUCUGAGCCAAUGUUCAGCACUGAGGAGAUGAUUGAGAGAAUUGAAAUGUUUGAUUGA